CCGAUCCCUGUCGGGGUUCUGGUCCCAUCCCAGCCCCCGUGUUCUGCCCCAUCACCCCUGCAGGACGUCCAUGACCCAGAGGCCCCGCUGCUUUCCCAUCCCGAGUCGUGUACCAUCGAGCAGCUGACGGAUCCUGGGAGACGCAGACAGAAGGGAAGGGAAGAGCAAAUUCUCCAGCCAACUUGAUUCAGCGCCACCAUCGCAAUGUUACAUCAACGUGCUUUCUCCAUCGCUCUCCCACGCUCCCGCAUCUUCGUCUUCCUCAUCCUCCUCUUCCUUCUUCUGCUCACCCACCUUUCCAAGGCUUCCUCGGACCCUGCGGCCAGAGGGGCGCCGGGCAAUUGCUCAGGCGAAUAUAGCUGCUCUGAGGGGGUGGUCCUGCCUGUUUGGAAUCCCCAAAACCCCUCAGUGGGAGACAAGGUGGCCCGAGCAAUCGUCUACUUUGUAGCACUCAUCUACAUGUUCCUGGGUAUGUCCAUUAUUGCUGACCGCUUCAUGUCCUCCAUUGAGGUCAUCACUUCGCAGGAGAAGGAGAUCACCAUCAAGAAGCCCAAUGGAGAGACCACUACCGCCACUGUGCGCAUUUGGAAUGAGACAGUCUCCAAUUUGACCCUCAUGGCGCUGGGCUCCUCGGCACCUGAAAUCCUGCUCUCGGUCAUCGAGGUUUGCGGCCACAAAUUCAAGGCGGGCGACAUGGGCCCCAGCACUAUUGUGGGCAGUGCUGCCUUCAACAUGUUCAUCAUCAUCGCUCUCUGCGUCCAUGUGGUGCCUGAUGGUGAAACGCGCAAGAUCAAGCACCUGCGUGUCUUCUUCGUCACGGCAGCCUGGAGCAUCUUCGCCUACAUCUGGCUGUACCUUAUCCUCUCGGUGUUCUCACCAGGUGUGGUGCAGGUGUGGGAGGCCGUGCUCACUUUCCUCUUCUUCCCGCUGUGCGUGGUGCAGGCCUGGGUUGCUGACCGCCGCCUGCUCUUCUACAAAUACGUUCAGAAACGCUACCGUGCUGACAAGAGCAGGGGCAUCAUCAUUGAGACGGAGGGGGAUGGUGUCUUCGCCAAGAUGGACAUGGAGCUGGACGGGCCAAGAGCCAACUCCCACCACAAGGAGGCACUGGAUGGCAUGCUGGCAGGCGUGGAGGAGGGAGGAGGUGGGCCUCUUGGGCGAGACCAGGAGGAGGAAGCAAGGCGUGACAUGGCGCGCACCUUGAAGGAGCUCAAACAGAAGCACCCAGAGAAGGACACGGAACAGCUGAUUGAAAUGGCAAACUACCAGGUACUGGUGCAGCAGCAGAAGAGCAGAGCCUUCUACCGCAUCCAGGCCACACGUAUGAUGAUUGGCGCUGGCAACAUCCUUAAGAAGCAUGCCGCUGACCAGGCGCGCAAGGCCGUGGGCUGUCACGAGGCCAGUGCCCAGGAAGAUGACCCCAACACCAUCUUCCUGGAGUUCGAGCCGUCACACUACCAGUGCUUCGAGAACUGCGGCUCACUCAAGUUGGCGGUGGUGCGGCACGGGGGCGACAGCGGCUGUGCCGUCAAGGUGGACUACCGCACGGAGGACGGCACGGCCAACGCGGGCUCUGACUAUGAGUUCGCUGAGGGCACCUUGCUGUUCAAACCUGGUGAAACAGUCAAGGAGCUCACGGUAGGCGUCAUCGAUGAUGACAUCUUCGAAGAGGAUGAGUACUUCUAUGUGCACCUCAGCAACCCCCGUGUGGUCCACCGGCCAGAGAAUGCAGGCCCCGAGCCUGGCUCUGUUGCCACUGGCAACAGCUCAGUUCCACUCCCCUUAUCCUCCGUGGCAGCAGUUCCAAAGGCAGCUCUAGGCCCUGCCCACACGGCCACAGUCACCAUCUACGAUGAUGACCAUGCGGGUAUCUUCACAUUUGAGAGUGCAACGACAAGAGUGAGCGAGAGUGUGGGAAUCAUGCGGGUGAAGGUCCAGCGGACAUCGGGGGCGCGGGGUAAGGUAGCCGUCCCAUACCACACCGUGGAGGGCACUGCCAAGGCUGGGGAGGACUAUGAGGAGACGGCUGGGAAGUUGGAGUUCCUCAAUGAUGAGACCAUGAAGAUGCUGGAGGUGAAAAUCAUCGACGAUGAGGAGUAUGAGAAGAACAAGACCUUCACUAUCAUCCUGGGUGAGCCCAUUCUGCUGGAGAUCGGCCAGAGACACGGCGACACCAAUGACAACAAGCCUGUCGUUGCCGCUGAGGAGGAGGAGGUGGCCAAGAUGGGCUGCCCAAGCCUGGGAGAACACACCAGGCUGGAGGUGGUCAUAGAGGAGUCCUACGAGUUCAAGAACACAGUGGACAAGCUGAUCAAGAAGACCAACCUGGCACUGGUGGUGGGCAGCAGUAGCUGGAGGGAGCAGUUUGUGAGCGCUGUGACCGUGAGCGCAGGUGACGAUGACGAAGAGGAGAGUGGCGAGGAGCGGCUCCCCUCCUGCUUUGACUACAUCAUGCACUUCCUGACGGUUUUCUGGAAGGUUCUGUUUGCCUUUGUGCCACCCACUGAGUACUGGAACGGCUGGGCCUGCUUCGUGGUGUCCAUCACACUCAUUGGCGCGCUCACGGCUGUCACUGGCGACCUGGCCUCGCACUUCGGCUGCACCGUGGGGCUGAAGGACUCCGUCACGGCCGUAGUCUUCGUGGCCCUGGGCACAUCCGUCCCAGACACGUUUGCCAGCAAGGUUGCUGCCAUCCAGGACCAGUAUGCUGAUGCCUCCAUCGGCAACGUGACGGGCAGCAAUGCGGUCAACGUAUUCCUGGGCAUCGGCGUGGCCUGGACCAUCGCUGCUAUAUACUGGCGAAGCAAGGGCAAGGAGUUCCGCGUGGAGCCCGGCUCGCUGGCCUUCUCCGUCACCCUUUUCACCAUCCUGGCGCUUUUCUGCGUGCUCACGCUCCUGUACCGCCGCCGGCCCGCUGUGGCUGGGGGAGAGCUGGGUGGCCCCCGGACUUCCAAGCUCCUCACCUCCCUGCUCUUCAUAUCCCUCUGGUUCAUCUACAUUCUGCUGGCCUCCCUGGAGGCCUACUGCCACGUACCCGGGUUCUAGGGCAACACUGAACCCCCAGCCCUCACAGCUGUGUUUGUCCACUACAUUCCUGUCUUUAAUCUUGUCACUGGCUAAGAUAAACCAUCUAUAAUGGCCUGUGUUGAGAAGACUGUUCUGUCCAUCAGCCCGUCCCCCUCAAAUUAACAUCCUCACUCUGAACCAAUCCAAUUUCUUCGCUCUGGACUAAUCAAGUUUCCCCAUGUCCUCAAUCUGAACCAGUCAUGUUUGCUUCUUACUGAGUGGCUGAGUUGUCAGUGGUUGUUUUCAAAGGACUGUCUCAUGAACAUUUUAUCCUACUUCUACACCCCCCCUUCAGGCCAGUUCCACUAGAACCACUGUUUUUUUCCAAGCCCCAUUCUCUGCUCUUACAAGGAAAGACUAGAAAGGCAGAGAUUCCUUUGUGUAACCCUUUUCUCUUCUUCUCAUCCUAGAAUUGUGCUCUUUAGCUCUUCCUGUUGCCAAACAUUGUCAAAUUAUGGUUGCUAAAGGGGCAGGUCUUCGGUCAGCGCCAAUUCAGCGGCACCAACGGAGCACAACACUCCAUGUCCCUGUUGAACGUUGGUCGCGAACAUGCUGAAAAUGUCAAGAACAAGUAAUGAGCUCCUUUCGUAUGGGAGUGAGAACUAUCACAGCGUUAAUUCCAGUGCAUUCAUGUUCCCCUAUGGCCUGGAGCUUGAAGAACAGCGCUCAUUGGGCCAGCUGCGAAUAUGGUUAAUUUGCAUUCGUGCCAACCUACUCUUACACUACAAGACACUGCGCCUGUUCCACAGGUGGAUAUUUAGCAUUAUUUUUCCCCUUAACAGUGUUGUGUGAUUGUUGUGUCAUUGUGAAGUUUUAUAAAUUUUGCCGGGUGGAAGGGUCAGUGGAUUUGGAUGAUACUGAAAUGAGGUUGUGACGCUGGAAGGGCAAAAAACGAAAGGUCACCAAGGCCGUGUUGCUUGAGUACCAAUCGUGCAGUGUGUCAGUGAGAUGCACAAGUGCCAUUACCCUCCGCAGGGACCCUUCGUUGCACCAAAAGAAGGCCCUACAGAUGGAAAUUGGUCAAGGCUGUACAUGUGCAAGUCAAACUGCUACCAGAACGAGCCCAAACUCCAAAGGCAGGACUUUAUUGUGUUGAAAAUGAAGACAAUGGUAGCAGAUGAAGACAGUGGUCGGUAAUGUUGACUAUUAAUAUGUUAUAUACGUCUAAUAUCGGUUGCAAAUACAUAUUGUGUGCAAGGCCUGUGUGUGUUUGACGAUUGGUUAUUGACCUUUUUAACAGGGAAGACUGGUUAGAGUUGUAAUAUGGAAGCCAUUCAGUGUCACAUCACUGAUCCUCCAGGAAAAUACAAAGCCACAUAACCAAGUCCUGACACCUCUUUCUCGGUAUCUCUGGGACA